AUAGGUCAAGUAGUGUAUGGUGGUGGAACUCUAACCAGAGUCCCAGAGGGCUGAGACAGAAGAGAAUAAAGACUAGAAAUAGUUAAAAAUCAGCACCCCAACUGACGCUCAAGUCUUGGGGAAACAUCCCUCAACACCAAGAUUGGACAGUUCAAUCAUGAAAUUAAUUGCCUUCCUUUUCUUCUGCUCCAGGGUCGUAUUGAGUUUAACCCAGGAGUUCCUCUCACAAGAAGUCGACUGUGAUGACCCAGAUUUGUUUACGGCUGUGGAUGCUGCUCUGAAGAAAUAUAACGAAAGAAUUCAAACUGGCAACCAUUUUGUAUUGUACCGCAUAACUGAGGCCACCAAGACGGAUGAAAACAACCCAUUCUAUACCUUCAAGUACCAAAUCAAGGAGGGCGAUUGUUCUGUUCAAAGUGGCAAAUCCUGGCAGGACUGUGACUACAAAGACUCUGCAGCUGCUGCCACAGGAGAAUGCACAGCCACUGUGGGAGAGAGAAAUCUUAAGAAAUUUCUUGUGGCUACCCAGACCUGCCAAAUUACUCCAGCGGAAGGCCCUGUGACAACAGCCCAAUACAACUGUCGUGGCUGCAGACACCCCAUAUCAACUUCAGAUCCCGACCUGGAGCCUGUCCUGAGACACUCUGUGCAGUACUUUAACAGCCAAAGCAAGCAUUCUCACCUAUUUACUCUUAAAGAAGUAAAAAGUGCUCAUAGACAGGUGGUGGCUGGCUGGAACUAUGAUGUUAUUUACUCAAUUGAGCAAACUAAUUGUUCCAAGGAGAAUUUUCCAUCCCUAACUUCAGACUGCCAACCCUUUUUGAAUGGUGAUUUUGGUGAAUGUACAGAUCAAGCAUAUGUGAAUAUUUCAUUAAGUGUUGUCAACUUCUCCCAGAAAUGCGACAUUUUUCAAGCGGAGGAUGUUGUCAAGCCACCUCCCAAACUGUGCUAUGGCUGCCCUAAGGAGAUACCUGUGGACAGUCCAGAGCUGAAGGAGGCUCUGACUCAUUCCAUCCGACACCUGAAUGCUGAGAACAAUGGAACUUUCUACUUCAAGAUUGACGCUGUGACUAAAGCAACAAAACAGCUGGUUGCAGGAAUAAAAUAUUCUGUGACAUUCACUGCCAGGGAAACCAUUUGUUCCAAGGAUCAUGACAUAGAAAUGAUUGAAACUUGUAACAACAAGAACCUUGGGCAAAUUCUGGCCUGUGAAGCUGACAUUAUUAUAGUAUCUUUUGAAAACAAAGUCUUCCCUACUGUCCACUGUCAUCCACUAAGCCUGACUUCAAUGAAGAAAAGGCCUCCAGGCUUUUCACCUUUCCGAGCAGCAGUAAUGAUGGAAACAACAGAAGGAAAAACUGUAAGUCCUCCCCACACUCCCAUGACACCCGCACAAGAUGAAGGACAAGACAUAGACAAAGAACAAGGACCCACUCAUGGUCAGGACUCGGGUCAUAAAAAGAAAAUAAAGCAUGACCGUGGCCAUGGCCAAAAGCAUAGGCAUGACCAAAGCCAUGAUCACAUCAGGGGCCAUGGCUUUGGCCAUGGACAUCAAAAGCACCAUGAUCAUGGGCAUGGGCAUGGGCAUCAACAGGAACCUGACUAUAAUCUUCAGUUCCAAGUGAGACCAGGUCUUGGCCACGGACAUCAAGGGGGCCAUGCCCUAGCCCAUGGACACAAGCAUGGCCAUGAUCAUGGUAAACAUAAAAAAAAAGACAAAAACAGUGAGAAGCACAAUGGUUGGAGAACAGAGCAUUUGGCAAGCCUUUCUGAAGAUAGCACUACAGCUUCUAGACAUACACCAGAGAAUUCAGAGGGGCCAACACCCACCCCUUCUCUAGCUCAGCAAGGGGUAGCAGUUACCUAUCCUGGCUUCCUUAAUUCAGAUCUCAUUGCAACUGCGAUGCCUAAUAUACCACCAACUCCCACAGAGACUGAUGAUGUUUGGAUUCCUAACAUCCAGAUAGAACCAAAUAGCCUUUCCUUUAGCCUGAUACCUGACUUUCCAGAAACAGUCUCUCCCAAAUGUCCUGGACGCACCUGGAAGCCAGUCAACAAAAAGGAUCCAACUGUGGAAAAGGAAGAAUUUUCUGAUUUUGAUCUCUCUGAUGCCUUGUAUUAAUUUGUGCAGUUGUGGGUAUUUCUUAACAUGUCAUCAUCUCCCCUGCCCAGUGUCUAAAUGUUCUGCCACGGUGCACCAAAGUCCAUGAAACUUCAGAACAGCCUAGAGAGCAGUGGUGAGACUCUCACUGGGGUCACCAUCAGUGCCUAUUGACAGCACAAAACUGUGAAUACAAGUAUAAACUCAGGGUGCUGGGCAGUAGCCUAUCUAAUUGUGUGCACACAUUACCAUGCACAAGGACCAGGGUUCAAGUCCAUUCUCCACCUGCAGGGAAGACACUUCACAAGUGGCAAAGCAGGUCUGCAAAUAUCUUUCUCUCUCCCUAUCUCCCCCCUACUCUCUCAAUUUCUCUCUGUCCUAUCCAAUAAAAUAGUAGGAAAAAAAAAGGAAAAAAUGGCCACCUGGAGUGGUAGAUUCAUAGUGCCGGCACCAAGUCCUAGUGAUAACUCUUGUGGCAAAAUAAACAAACAAAUAAAUUUAUAUUAUAAAAGUAUAAA